UAAUAUGUAAAAACAGACUCAGACAGAGUGAUUUAGUGUGUUGUGUGUUGACAGCUAGCAUUUGGCUAACACUCAAGCCAUAGCAGGUUAUUACAUACGAGAGCAAAGGUUUCAUCUUAAUUAGGGGAAAAAAUAUUCAUUUGGUCAGAAAAUAAGAGGUAAUUUUGAUUUCUAGUUUGAUAUAACUUGUGGUCAAGGUGACUAAAUAUGAAAGCUGGGGCAUGUACCCAAUCAUCACAAUAGAAAUACUAACUGUGUAUUUAUUUUGUUUGAAAUAAAUCUAUUCCAAUUGCCAUUCGUGUUUACUGGGCAAUAAUAAACAGUAUAAUAGUUCUUGUCGGUAAUGAAACAAACACUGACAUAGAAACAGGAGUUCAGAACAUUCAGUGACAGAUUCUCCUUGCCCAUUAAAAAUCAAUUUGAAAGAGUUAUUCCCAGGGCGACACGUUGCGACAGUUUGUAGAACAUCUGCCUCACAGUCGAGAGAUUUGCAUGUUCUCCCUGCGCAAGCACAGUUUAGGCCACAGUUUACAUGCGACCCAAAUGUCACGUCAGCGUCCAAAAUGAAACACGAGUAGACAGAUAUGUGCAAAGCGAAAUCUGAUAUACGACAAUUAAUGUUUAUGUCAUCCCUGACAUUUCAUAUGCUUGACUUUUCAUACUUGUGAACAGAAGUAACAAAUUCCUUAAUAAGACUUUAUUAACGAUAAUAUUUUCAUGAAAGUGUAGGGUCUUCAAGGAGCAGCAUAUACAAAGAUUGCCACUUUCUUUGGCCUCGUAUAAUUAAUUGUGUCCUCCUCAGGGGAAAAAAAAAGUCUUAUCUAUGUAAUCAAUAUGACGUGCCCAGGAUCAGGUGGUCCCUUUGUUCAUUCUUAAGACAUUCACUCUCUUUUGUCCUUCCGUCUUAUUAGGUUACCACUUUCCAUCCGGACACUAAUUUUGUCCCUGUGAAUUAUUAAAUUGCUUACUUUGGGUGGAGGACCUCAUUCUCAUUCUCUUUGAAUGGCAGGUGGCAGGUUGUAGUGUGCUUUCCCAGAUCCAGGAUCCUUAUUUGUCUUUCUGCAUCCCCCAUGGAAGAGUCACUUGUCGUCCAGCUUCGCUACGAGGAGCUUCUUUUUUACGCCGCCUGUGUUUCUAACUGUUGCUGCGUCUGUUUGUGUGUGUGUCUGGAAGGCAGGGUGUGUGGGCGAGGGGGAGGAAGACGAGGAGGGGGCGGCGGUGGUGGUAUGCGAGUGGGCAGCAGCUGGAGGUGGUAUCUCUCCCGGGCCAUGCGACUAGCACUGGGAUGGUGCCGACUGUGCCGUCCAAAGACAGGGGGUCGAGGCAGGGGUGGCCAGCCGCGGCCAAGCGUCGGGCUUGGAGAGUUGUGGAGCUACAGCAAGCUCCUGCUCAAGUCUCUUUACUUCAACAGCCUCAGCAACUCGGACACAGUGCUCGACUGCGCUUUCGAACCCGUGUACUGGAUCGUGGACAAUGUGACUCGUUGGUUUGGAGUGGCGUUUGUUACACUGGUCAUCCUUCUGACGACCUCGGUGGUGGUCAUCGUCUAUCUGUACGUCCUACCCACAAUCAUCGGCACCUAUGCCGUGCCUUGGAGUGUCUGGCACCUGUGCUGCGGCCACUGGCUCCUGGUCAUGGUGGUUUUCCAUUACUAUAAGGCCACCACCACCUCCCCCGGACACCCGCCCAAGGACAACAUCCACAUUCCCUCUGUGUCCAUUUGUAAGAAAUGCGUCAAUCCAAAACCGGCGAGGACACACCACUGUAGCAUCUGCAACACCUGUAUCUUGAAGAUGGACCAUCACUGUCCUUGGCUCAACAACUGCGUGGGCCAUUUCAACCACCGCUACUUCUUCUCCUUCUGCCUCUACAUGACUCUGGGCUGCAUCUACUGCAGCGUCAGCAGCAGAGACAUGUUCCUGGAGGCCUACGGUGCUGUCGAGAGUUACUAUCAGACUCCUCCCCCACCGUACACGUCCACAGAGAGGACUGCCCACAAGAGCAUCAUCUUUCUUUGGGUGCUGACCAGCUCUGUGGCGGUCGCCUUGGGAGGGCUGACCCUGUGGCACGCCGCGCUCAUCUGUCGAGGGGAGACCAGCGUGGAGCGCCACAUCAACCGCAAAGAGAGCAAAAGACUAAAGGAACAGGGCAAGGUGUUCAAAAAUCCAUAUCAUCACGGGAAGAUGGACAAUUGGAAGCGGCUGCUUGGUGUGGAGACCCGCAAACAGUGGUUCACGCGUGUUCUCCUGCCCUCAAGUCAUCUUCCCACAGGCGACGGCAUCACGUGGGACUGCACCUUCUCCAGGAGAGACCCCAUGGCCAUCUGAGCCAUCUACACCUUAAGCGCCAUCACCUCGUCUCAAGUUCUCACUAUCAGGUCGAUGGAGAGGAUCUCCCAAAAGCUAUGGCCGGUCAGCAUUUACUCCUUGGAGAUGGUUGGAAACGCUGUGUCGUUUGCACCCUCUAGAUGCAAUUCAACAUCAUGGUGGAGGGCAAAUAAUGAGCUGCAUGUUGAUUUUGGACCACCUUUGUGCCUAAUGCAGCCAGCCUUCCAAAGUUAACUCUGAGACGAACGUGGUUUCUUAUUUCUGCAUUUCACUUCCACAAUCAGCCAGCAUAUUUUUUUAUUGAAUGGAACCUUCAAGCAGAGGUCAUCUUAUCACUUACGUUUUGCUCAUGAAUUAUCUGUUGUGAGAAGGGCAAUCUACACUCAGUGGACACAAUAUUAGGAACACCUGGAGACCAUGAAUUGGUCGCAAGCCAAUCUCACUGGCACAUGAUAGCAUGCAUAUUUUUGGGAUGUGGGAUGAAGUUGCAGUACCCUGAGAAAAAUGCAAGUAGAGAGAGAAUGUGAAAACCUCACAGAAGGACCUCAGCCCAGAUUUGAACCUAUGGCCUCUCUGUGAGGCAAACUGCUACCCACUCAGACACCACCAAUACUGAAUAUCCAAUUAAUUUGUUUUAGGCCAUAUUGCAUUUUCCAGGUGUCCCUAAUGAUGUGGCCACUGAGUCUCUAUCAAGUCGGUAUUGAGAAAUGUCACUGUUCAUCUACUGAGAACGUUUGCACACGUGGCACUUUAGAGUGGGGCAACUGGACAUAAUGAUUUUCUCAACAACAACUAAUUGCAGUUAUUCUGACAAUGUAUGUGGAAACAAUGGUUUGCGUAUGUGUGUGUUGUGAUGCUGAUCUCACCAUUAUUUGAAAAGUUGUGGUGCCAAAUGCAGGGGGCGAAUAGGCAACAGAGCACAAUGUCCCGUUUCAACCAAUUAUCAAGACUGUGAAUUGCUGUUCUGAUACUGACUUUUUUUUUCUAGUGCAGCAUACGGUUGCCAUGGAAACGAGACUAGUGACAGUGAUCUGCCCACCAAAAA